AUGUCUGAACAUGAGCGCCAACCGGAAGGGCGAUCUCCGGCUCAACCUGAUAUUCUCUCACAAGAGGACAUGGAAGAAAUUGACGCUGAUUUAUCGUCCGGUUUCCAGGGGAGGUCUUCGGACCCGCAGGUCACCCGAUACCGAGCAAUAGGAGCUCAACUUCAAAAGUGGAUAGAUGAUCCCAACGCCGAAGGCUGUACUGUUGCCGAAGCAACUCUAACAAUGCAGGAUCUGAUCGACAACGGAGACCCAGACAAUGACUGGGAGGUCGUCGAAAACACCUUCGUGAACUCUGUUGCUGACCUUCCAGAGGCAGCGCGUAUAAUGAUGGGACUCCCGACGUCGGACGAUGGUGCCCACUUCCGGCAUAUGCGUAUUAAGCGAAAAGACCUGGACUGUUAUGAGAUGACGACUGGAGAAGCCUUCAUUGCUUGUCAUUUGAUAUUUAGAUACAGUGGCCCCCAUUGCAAUGAGGUCACUAAUGCCUUGUACGAACAAGAUUUCCGCAUCGAAUCUUUGAGAAACGUUGCCUUCAUUCAGGUCGUCAAUCCGGAGACGGCACCACUUGUCACAGGUGUACUCUAUCCCAGGAGAGGCAUGAGAUUCGCAUACGGGGUAGCGGACCAAGAACCCCAGGUCUGGCUACAUGGUACUCCCGAGUAUCAGGAGAUACUCGGCACAGAAAUCGGCAAAACGGUAGCCUAUCUCGUCUUGUCUUGUUUCCAGAGAGGCACAAGGCCGAUCUCUCGGAUCAUAACUUGUAGUGACAGUGGUGACUCGCUGUGCAUGGUUUUCGAGAUUGGAUACACUGACUGA